CCACAACCGGAAACGCGUUCUGCUGGUAAACAAAGCAAAGAGUGAAUACGUGUUUCCAUAAAUAAAUAAACUGCGUGUGUUAAAGUUUGAGGACAAUGUCUAAAGGAGACGUCCUGCGGGGCUUUGUGACGGAGAGACUCGCCGCCGCCUCCCGGGAGAUUUUAGCGGCUGUGGACAGAAUCGUGGCCGGGUACGAGGAGGAGGCUUCGGGCUUCAGGCAGGAGAUCGACCGGCAGAGGAGACAGCUGGAGCUUCUCCCGCAGCCUCGGGUCGCACUCAGCAGAGCGGGUGUAAAGCGCAGCACUGCUGACGAAGACGAGGGUGAAGAUGAGGAGUCCUCUGAGCGUCCAGAGAACCAGGAGGACUCAACUAAUCAAAGGUCUUCUCCCCCCAGAGGCCAGUAUAAGAAGAGGAAACCUGGCAGACCUCAGAUCUGUGAACCACAGAACCAUGUAGAUCUCAGGCUCCGGAUCUUGGAGGACUCUCAGACCGACGUCCUCUCAAACAGCAUUCUUAGAAAAUGUCCGAUGCUGAAGCUGAAGUGUCCUCGAGGCCUGCAGGAGGCAGACUUUAUGGACUUGUUGAAGUCCACCUUCCCUCAGCUCUCUGCGGACGACAAACGCUUCGACAUCUUAACGUCGGACAAGAGACGGAGAUUACAGCCUCUGAAGGUGAAGGCGGUGACAGCGGAGGAGCUCCACAGGAACGUUGGCGUCACAGGAUCGACGCUCUACAUCAGACUGAAGACACGGGAGGAACGUCAGGUCGACAGGGAAGAGAUUCAUCAGACAGAAGACUCUUCCGGCGCCGCCGCCACCAUGUCAACGAGUGGUGACCGAACUCGCGUCUCGGUUCAGGAAGUCGAAGGCAGCAGAGUCGGCGUCGUGUCCAACAGCUCGACAUCACGACGAGACACUGAAACAGAGGAAGCUGAUGAUGACGAUGAGGAUCAGAGGAUAUCAGAACCAGCGGCGGCUCGCUCUGCAGCAGAAAGUAAAGGUGGUAGUAGCGAUGAAAAGGAAGAAGAGGCGAGAGACAGCGAGGACGAUUGGAAACCAGACAAGAGCGACGAGGAGCUGAAAGAACGAGACUCCGAACUGCGGCCGAAGAAACAAAAAGCCAGACGUUCCGGUGAGAACCGCGACGUCGCCUUCUCCUGCAAAGUCUGCGGCGCUCUGCACGGAUCAGAAGUCGCGUUUGUCAAACACGCCUGGAGUCACGCGGACAAUCCGGGGCGUCUUUGCGGCGUGUGCGGCGAGCUCCCAGAGUCCGAGGAGGUGUUGAAGGAUCAUCUUCAAAGUUGCCAUAAAACUGACGAUUGUCACAUCUGCGGAGAGUCCUUCCUCAGCGUUCUCAGCCUCAAUGAACACGUGGCGGCGCACUCGGGGGAGAGACCGUAUGAAUGUGACGUCUGCUGCGAUGCGUUUGCAUUGAAGGUGUCACUGCAGAAUCACCAGAAACUCCACAAGGCCGGGAAGCUGCACAGAUGUUACACGUGUCAUAAAGUGUUUGAGCUGAAGGAGCAGUUAAAGGUUCACUGCAGGACUCACAGCAACAAGAAGACGCACCUUUGCGGCAUCUGCGGUAAAUCCCUCAGCGACUACAGGUCAUUAUCCCGCCACAAGAUGACCCACUCUGGGGAAAGACCUCACAGCUGUCAGGUUUGCGGGCGGCGUUUCAAACUCCCCGGGACGCUGAGACAACACGAGAAGAUUCACGCGGACAGAGAGAGAUCGUACCUCUGCGACGUUUGCUGCAAAAUGUUCCUGACGAGCAAGCAGCUGCAGAUCCACAUGAGGACGCACACCAAUGAGAAGCCGUACCACUGCGGCGAGUGCGGCAAGGGAUUCACCACCAAGGGACCGCUGACCAUUCACAUGCGGGUCCACACCGGAGAGACGCCGUACCGCUGCCCGGACUGCGGCUGGUCCUUCAAACGUAAGACUAACCUGGACGACCACGUGAGAGUCCACUCGGGCCAGAAGCCGUUUGUUUGCGGGAUUUGUGGGAAAACGUGCGCUCGCAAAACAUACUUGACGGUCCACAUGAGGACGCACAACGGGGAGAGACCGUACAAGUGCACCCUGUGUGACAAAGCGUUUACCCAGAGCCACUGUCUGAAAACACACAUGAAGAGCCACCUGGUGGCAGAAACUGCGACGUGACGCUGGACCAAUUUCAUAUUUGGGGCCAAAAAAGGCCAAAAGAAUCACGUUGUUGGCAAUACAAAAUUCAGCACUGGUGAAAAUGUUUGUAUAUAUAUGUGUGUGUGUGUGACGUAAAAUGGUCAGUGCAAUGUAAAGACUGUCUGCAGCUUGGCAUCGAAUUUCAACAUUUCGCCAUGAAACAGGAAUUUGUCAUUAUGUCAGUGCACUUUGUUCAAUCUCCACCGAACUUCACGUCUGAUAGGAGUCCCACCUUGAACACUUCUACAUGCCAGUAUUUAUUUAUACUCGUAGCGCCACUGACUGGAAACAGGAAGUAUCUGGCAAUGUGUCAUCUACAGUGGUGUGAA